AUGCUCCUCCCACUCGACCGAGCGCGCCUCGCUAGCAGAAUGGUGCCCACUUCUAUGCCGCUUGAAGGCGACCAAGACUUCAAAAGCGCCACGCCCGACCCCACCACGGUUGUGAAAGUCCUCAUCCUAGUGUCGGUCUUUGGAUGGGUCUUCUUCGGCAUCAUGAGCAUCCUGUGCAUCAACGGGCGGGGACGUGCAGGCCGUGGUGGCGUGGUGGGUGACAGUUAUGGUGCUGUGGCCGAUCAUCUUGCCGGCUUUGGUGGUGAGAAUGGGGGUCAAGGGAAUGGUGAGGCAUUGCCGAAGAGGGGAAGAUGA